UGUUUACUCUUCUUUGGUCAGUUUUCAAAAAUUGACGUUAUUGGUUGUUACAGGUUACAGUACUGUAAACUGUACGUACUUUGCUUACUCAGCGAGGGGAUGAGUUAAAUUUGAAUGUUUUACAGUCUUUAGUUUUUAACAGUAUACAUUAGCAUUAACAAAAAUGAGCUCAGGAGGAGAUUCCGAUCCAACUCUUGAGAGACUCUUUAACGGCCACAAAGGAGAAAUUACAGGGUUGUCAUUUAAUCCAGAUGCUACUCAGCUGGUGUCCUGUAGUACUGAUGCCUCUUUGAUGCUGUGGAAUUUCAAAAAAGAAGCUCGUGCUUAUAAGUAUGAGAAUCAUACGGAUAGUGUCACUGAUGUACACUUUGCUCAUUCGCAUAAAAUGUUGGCAUCAUGUUCCAAAGAUAGAACUGUUCGUUUGUGGAAACUCUCAAUUAAACCAAGAUCCAGAGGUUUCAAGGCUCACACAUCAGCUAUCCGCUCUGUUCAGUUUUCACCAGAUUCAUCAUCUUUCAUAACAGCAUCAAAUGAUAAGAAUAUCAAAAUGUGGUUAUCUGAACACUGCAAUAGGUUUCUGACAACUUAUCAUGGCCAUACAAAUUGGGUCAACUGUGCCAGAUUUUCCCAUGCUAGUAGACUCAUCGUCUCUUGUUCAGAAGAUAAAACUGUUAAACUAUGGGACAAAUUGAGUGGUUGUUGUAUCCAUACUUACCAAGAACCUGAAGGAGUUCCACAAUAUGUCCAGUUUCACCCCAAUGACAAAUGUAUUGCUGUUUGCUUAUCUGAUAAUUCAAUUAAAAUCUAUGACAUUCGUGAUCAUAAACUACGGCAAUACUAUCCAGCACAUAACAAGGCUGUCAACCAAAUAUGUUUCCACCCUAAUGGAAAAUUCCUGAUAUCAGGCUCCAAUGAUAAGAAUGUUAAGGUUUUUGAUUUGAUAGAAGGAAGAGUGAUUUACACUCUGGAAGGCCAUGAGGGUCCAGUAACAUCUGUUGUUUUCUCAUCCGAUGGUCAUUUAUUUGCAUCUGGUGGAGCGGACAGAAUGGUUCUUGUUUGGAAGAGUAAUUUUGACAAAGAGGUUCUGGCAAAUCCCCUUGACACCAGUUUUAACAUAAAACACAUCAAUGUAAGCAGUGAAAGACAAGUGCAAAGAGUAGAUGUUAGACCGGAAUUUCAAGGAAUGAGUCAACCAGAUAUAGAGGUCUCUAGUACUGGCAAUAUGAACUCAGACUCUUCAGAUGAGGGGAAAAACUCAAACAUUGAAGGAUCUGGUCCCCCUUCAACUUCAUCAAUUUCAGAAGAGAGCUUGGAGACUAGAGAUAUUGAUAACUAUGACGAUGAGUUGAAAAUGGCUAGAAAUAUUCUUUCUUCCCUUAAAGUUGAUGUACAGAACCUUCAGAGUCAAUUGGCAAAUGUGAUAGAUAAAAUUAAAGACCUGGAGAAGAGAACUGACAGAAUGGAAUCAAAUGAAAUACUUAAUAAUGAAUAAUGAAUCCACCCAGUGUUGAUAUAUUAACUUAACUGUGAUAUUUUAUUUAGGCAAUAACUCAUAGUUAUAGAGAUAUCUGAUGUGUCUGAAACAUAUAAUAAGUGCAAACAUUAUUAAAAUUUCUUGCUACAUUAUGUAGACCUAAAUAGGAAAAAUACAACUGAAUAUUCCCAUCUAAGAACUAAGGUAUAUAUUUGUUUAUUGUGUUGAAAUGUGAAGCUUUAUGUUUUAUAAAAGCUUUUACCGCCACAGAUGGAUGAAACUCAGCAUGCGAUGGCCACCAAGCUGAAUCCGACAGCUGGCACUUAGACUGAAAAGUUGUGGUGAAAUUCAUUUAUUUGUAGACAUCUGUUGAAAAAAUCAUAAAUCCGUUUAGGCAAUAAUUUUUAUUUUAUUUGUUUGUUAUAUAUUUAUAUGCAUAGUAUGAAAGGUGUAUACUGUGUUUUAACUGUACUAAUGUAAUAAAAACAAUACAUUUAUUACAAUUUUCUUUAAAUUUUCUAUUAUAAAAGUCAAAUUUGUAUUGUCAUUUUUUACCGUGGUAACUAUAUUAUUUCGUAAACAUAAUUAUUUUUUUAGAAUAGGGCCAACAUUUUUUUAAGAUGAAAUUUAUAAUUUUUGCCCAACAACAAAAAUGUGUGGCUUUGCAAAACAUAUAAUUUCUUUUACUGGCGAGUCACAGAUACACCUUUAGUUUCUUAUAAUGUUAAUGUUUAAAGUUAGAGUUAACAUUAUAAAAAGUUCAUAACAAUGAAUUAUAAUUAUUCCAACUCCAAAACAAAUUCUUUUUACAAAUCUAAAUUGCACUGACAAACUAGUUCAGGUUACACAGUUAAUAAAUAAAAAAAUGUAAAAAUCAGCAUUUAUUUAUUUUUUCUACACAAUACAACCAUUUAUAAUGGUUUUAAGUAUAUUUCAAUAUACAUUAUUUGUUGAUCGGUAAAGAAUGACCAUGUUUAAAAUAUGUAAAGCCAAUUUAAUCAGCCCAUGGUGUUUUUUUGGUCUGAAUGCCUAGCUGGGCAAUAAAAGGGUUGUUAUUAUAACGUGCUAUUGCCCAAUUUCAUACCAAUGCUGCUUGUUAUAAUAAACACAAAUGACAUGUGAUGAUGAUGAUGAUGAUGAUGAUGAUAAUAGCACUUAAAGAUGAAAUAAUUAAAUUAAAUUAUUUAAUGUCAACAUGAAUGUGUAUGUAUACAUUGUUUCAGCUUUUAUGGUUGUAGUAAUGUAUGUGUUUAUUCUUGUUUUUAACCAACUGUUUUAUUUUUUGAUAAAAAAAACAACAAGAUAAUAGUUUCAGAUUGCACCCCUUAUUCUAUCUGUCUUUUACAAUAACUUUUAUUUGCAAAAUGAUUUACUUCAUUGUAAAAUUUUGUUAACCAUUUGGUUUUAACAUUUAAAGAGCAAACCUGAUUAGUUUAUAGCUCAUAGAAUGUUGAGGGAGUAUCUAUUUAGCAAUUGUAAACAAGUAGCUACAGGGUUAUCAAAAUAACAGUUCGCUCUAAUUACUGCGCCCACAGCUUGAAUUUACCACCCGUUGAUUCCCUUUCGUUCUUUCUGAAGACUGAGCAACUCACCUGAUUUUUCCCUUGGUAAUAAGUAAUAAUUGUUUGGAAUUAACAUUGUAUGUUCGUGAAGAUUUAAUACUAUCUAUAUACAAUAGCCAUUAAUCACAUUGUCAAAUAUUUGUAUGUACUUAUUGUUGAUAGCAUUGAUUUUACCAAGUGAAAUGAACUGGAGAUUGUAUUUAUUAUAAUUGAGAAAUUUUUAGAAAGUGACUAAGAAAAGUGCAUUUAAAAUAUAAAUAAUAUCCUUAGUAUGUAUCUCUAAGCUACUUUUUUUAAAUAUAGGUACGUGUUAGCUGAGAAAAGUUAAUUGUGUUCUUUGUUCCUUUGUUGUUUCUUAUAUUAAAUUAUGAAUUUUCAUUAUUUUUACUUCCUUAAUCUCUUUAUCAGUAUUCAUUGAAUUGUUCUGUUCAUUUCAUUGAUGUAUUUUAUAUAAACUGUUAUACUUUCUUAUUUAACAAGUUUUGAAUAAAGUAUUUUCUUGUGAAAA